CCAGGUAGAUCCCUGCCCCUCCCCUGGAUACCUGGCUGGCUCCAGGCACCGACCGAGGGAGGAAACGUGCAGCAGGAGCUGGGAAUGUGACGACCAGCUACUUUUUCAGCCUCCUCAAACCAUGUCUGACACCAUCUUUGGCAGUGGGAAGGACCAGUGGGUGUGCCCCAAUGAUCGACAGCUUGCCCUUCGAGCCAAACUGCAGAGUGGCUGGUCGGUGCAUACGUACCAGACGGACAAACAGAGGAAGAGCCAGAGCCUCAAUGCUGCCGAAGUGGAGGCCAUUCUGGAGGUGAUCCACAGGGCCGAGAAACUGGACAUUCUUGAGCAGCAAAGGAUUGGGAAACUGGUUGAGCGACUGGAGAAUAUGAGGAAGAACGUUAUGGGGAACGGUCUCUCCCAAUGCUUUCUGUGUGGGGAGCCCCUGGGCCUCCUGGGCAGCGCCUCAGUCUUCUGCCAGGACUGCAAGAAGAAAGUCUGCACCAAAUGUGGGAUUGAGACAUCCAGCAGUCAGAAGCGGACUCUGUGGUUGUGUAAGAUAUGCAGUGAGCAGAGAGAGGUCUGGAAGAGGUCUGGGGCAUGGUUCUACAAAGCACUGCCGAAAUACAUCCUGCCACUGAAGAUACCAGGCCAAGCCAAUGAACCCCACUUCAGGCUCCCCCCUAUAGAGCCUCCUAUGAGUGACCCAAGGAGCAUCGGCACUAGUCGUUCCUACACCUGGGCCAGAGGGAAAGUGGCUUCUAGUGACAGUGACAGUGAUUCAACCUUGAGCUCUUCCAGCCUGGAAGACGCCGGGGCCAAGGGCUCUAAAGGGAGCAAAUGCCGAACAGACUCAGGUGGCAGCAGUGACCUUCCCAGAGCAGCCCAAGGACAGCCUCUGUCUCCUAGACAUCCCUCGGAGAGUGGGACCAGCCUUGGCAGCGAGGCUGGGGGAGUGCUGAGUGGCCCAGAGAGUGGCCCAAGAGACCUGCAGGGAGAUGACUCUGACAGUGACAGUCACAAGGCUCCCAGCAAGAGGCACACCUGGAUGAGUCCUCGCUGCUGAUGCAGGCAAAGGAGCCCAUCUUGACUUUCACCACGGACCUUCACAAGCUGGACUUUUCUGUGGAUCACAGACACACAGAGACACACACACACACACACACACACAGACAAAGAUAAACACGCAUGCACAUCUCACACACACACACACACACACAGAGGCCCUUAGGACCUGUGAACUUUUUGUUUACCAAGCUGCCUUGAGGAUUUGUUCUGAGCUGGAACAAGAUCAGCCUUCCCUACAGCCCUCCGAGACCCUGGCGAUCCUCCCUGUGAGGGUAACCAGGGCAGUCAUGUACCCACUUCAGACAGCCACUGCCCACUUCCCAGGAAGCUGAGCUGAUUCUGGGGAUGGACAGCUUGAAGAGGAAAGUGACCAGCUGCCCUCUGCUCCUCUCCUCUUUCUCCGUUGGACAAUGGGGGCCGGACUGUCCUUUGGCUGAGGGGCCCCUGUCCAGAUGUUGGU